AUGCAUCUAAACCCCCUACUGGCUGUAUGUCUAGCCACCGCGGCUGGCACAGGAGUCGUGGUGGCACAUUCAUCCCCACUGCCACCAUUACUACCACUACCACGACUCCCACUGGAAGGUGACUUCAAGCCUACCAAUGCCGACUACGGUAUCGACCCGACGGAGGCCCUGAUCCCGAAGCCGCGGCAAAACCACAAGUCGUCGCCCAAGCGUUUCAUCAUCGAACUCAAGGACGGCGAGACCAUCUCGUCGCUGACCUCGACGACCAAGGGCAAGGUCAAGGUGCUCAAGGUCUUCAACAGCGACGUCUUUAGGGGCGCUGCCGUCGAGACGGAUGAGGACAAUGUCGACAGCCUGCGUGCGCUGCGUAGCGUCGGCCAGGCCUGGCACAGCAAGCGCAUAAUGCUCGAUCCCGUGAUGCCUGAGACGGUGGUCCGCGGUGGCAAGCAGACGGGCAUCAAGCUCAGCAGGCAGGACCGCCACGACAAUGACGGCGAGAUCUCGGUGCACCACAUGACGGGUGUGGACAAGCUGCACGCCAGAGGCAUCAAGGGCAAGGGUGUCAAGAUCGCGGUUGUCGACACGGGCGUCGAUUAUACGCAUCCUGCUCUGGGUGGUGCUUUUGGUGCGGGUAACAAGGUCGUCGGUGGUUACGAUCUGAUUGGAGAUACCGACUGGCCGUACGUCGCCAAGCAGCCCGACGCGGAUCCAAUGGAUCACAAAGGCCACGGCACGCAUGUUGCUGGUAUCAUUGCCGGCAAGGACGAGUUGAUCACUGGUGUUGCGCCCGAGGCCACGCUGUUGGCGUACAAGGUCUUUGGACAAAACUCGGGUACCGACGAAGACACGCUGAUUGAGGCAUUUCUGCGGGCGUAUGAGGACGGCGCCGACGUUAUCACGUCGUCCAUCGGAGGCAUGAACGGCUGGUCCAACAACGCCUGGGCCCUGGUUGCUUCCCGUCUCGUCGAUCGCGGCAUCGUUGUCACCAUCUCGGCUGGCAACGAUGGUCAGGCCGGUCCGUACGGGGCAAGCAGUGGUGCUACGGGUGUUAAUGUCGUAUCUGUGGCAUCGGUUCAGGGCGAUGUCAUCGCAAGCCCUCGAUUCGUGGCAACCUUCCAGGACGACAAUAACGCCACUACGAGCAGCGACAAGAUUCCCUACCGGGUCAACGCGGCAUGGACCCCGUCCGAGGUCGUCGGCUGGCCAUUUUAUGCCGUCGGGUUCAAUACCAACAUCACAGACGAGGCCUGCAACCCCCUCCCCAACAAUACAAUGGACCUCUCCCGCGUCGUGGUCCUCGCCCGCCGUGGCACCUGCACCUUUACCGUCAAGCAGCGAAACCUCGAGGCAAAGGGAGCCAAGCACAUCGUCUUCUACAACAACGACCAGCCUCUUGUCAUUCCGGGCUCCGACAACCCCAGCAGCCGCAGCAACAUCUCCAUGAUCGCCAGAGAGGACGGCGAGCGCAUCAUCGAGACCAUUCGAGCCGGAGGUCGCGUGCUGGCUGACUUCAACCUGGCCAUCCGCGACAGCAUGGCCGGCAUCCCGUACGCGUACGGCGGCGUGCCCAGCUCCUUUACCAGCAUGGGCUCAACCAACGAGCUGGCCAUCAAGCCCGACGUCGCUGCUCCCGGUGGUCAAAUCUUUUCCACAUAUCUCGAGGGCGGCUACGCUACCCAGUCUGGCACUUCAAUGAGCUGCCCUUAUGUCGCCGGUAUCGCCGCGCUAUAUAUCAGCAAGCACGGCGGCAGGCAGACCCACGGUCCAGGCUUUGCUAAAGACCUAGCCAUGCGACUUAUCUCAGCCGGUCAACCUGUGCCCUGGGACGAUGGCACCGAGAGCGGCAAAAACUUUGGUGCGCUCGCCCCCGUCAACCAAGUCGGCACGGGACUCAUCAACGCAACCAAGGUGCUCGACUACACCAGCACCCUCUCGCUCUCCCGCUUUUCCCUCAACGACACGAGCCACUUUGAACGUUACCAAAAGGUCAACGUGACCAACCGCGGCUCUACCCCUGUCACCUACACCUUCCAGGCGACUCCCUUCUCCGGGAUGGAGACCUUCAACACCGACCCGGCCGUCUUUGGCACGCCACGCGUGGCCUGGUACGAGGAGGUCAUGGCCAAGGGGCCCCGGCCCAUGCCUGUCGACGUCUCCCUGCCCCAGUCCUUCACCCUGCAGCCUGGACAGACCCGCACCGCACAGUUCAACUUCCAACCCCCGACCGGCCUAGACCCCAGCGUGCUGCCCAUGUACGGCGGCGUCAUCGACAUCAAGUCCUCCACCGGCGAGGUCCUAUCGGUUCCCUACAUGGGACUGGCGGCGGAUCUGCACCGCGCCGUCGGGCCCAUGUUCAUCGACCCGACCAACAUCACCACGACCCGGCGCGCGACCCCGCUCGCCGUCAAGCCCAACACCACCUUCACCCUCAACCCCGGAGCAGGGCAGGACUUCCCCGAGGCGUACAUCCGUCUGCAGUUCGCGACGGCCGAGCUGCGGUGGGACGUCUUCGAGCCCGGCUACACGGAGCGCGACUGGACGUACCCUCCCGUGGUGGGUCGCAACAAGUACGUGGGCAGCGUGGCGUCGUACGCGCAGGCGACCAGGCAGGGCGGCUUCGACCCGAAGACCAUGAACGCCAGCGAGACCGUCAGCCUGCCGAUCCGGUACGUUCCGCGGUCGGCCGUCGGCACCUUCGGCGAGACGUUUUGGUGGCUGGGCAGGUUGGCCAACGGCACCGCCGUCAGGCCCGGUGUGUACCGGUUGAGGCUGGCGGCGCUGGUGCCGUUUGGCGCGCCAGAGAACUCUGACAACUGGGACGUGUUUGAUGCGCCGCUGUUGGAGGUGCUCGAGCCUAGCAAGAAUGGGACUAGUAGUGGUUAA